UCACACCCUAUUCAGUAUUUUUGGUACUACUCGUUUCCUUUAUCUUUUUCCUCUCUAGCGGUUCUUCCAAUUCUCCUUUGGGGUUUUCAUCUGUCGGUAUGAUUUUUCUCUUUCUCAAUGAGUUUUCUCUAUCAAUCGAUUGCUUUUUGCCAAUGGAUUUCAUGACUAUCACCCGCGUUGGGUCUGAUGAAGAUAUUUCCGUUGAUGAGAGAAACUCAGUUCCAUUUCCAACAGCAGCCUCUGAAAAUGACACUUCCUGUUUUGAUUGCAACAUUUGCCUUGACUCAGCACAUGAUCCUGUAGUCACCCUCUGCGGUCACCUCUACUGCUGGCCUUGCAUUUACAAGUGGCUUCAGGUUGAGAGCUCUGGACCAGGAUCAGUAGAAAACUCUAAAUGUCCAGUCUGUAAAGCUCACAUUUCAAACUCCUCGCUGGUGCCUCUCUAUGGUCGUGGGAUAUCAUCAUUGGAGUCUGAACCCAAGAAGGCUCAGGCAGAUGUAGACAUACCUCAUAGGCCUCGAGCAAUUAGGACAAUGACACUGCGUAAUUCAGUGUCUCCAAUUCCUCGCUUACAUCAGAGACUUCGUCAAACUUCUCUCCACCCUCCACGACCCUCCACAUUUCAACAUCACCGGCAAUACUUCCCCCAAGCCUUUGGUAGCUAUGCAGCUAUGGCUCCAUCUAGCUUUGGGAGCACAGCAAUGACCAGUUUGUUCAGCCCAGUGGUUGGUGUGUUUGGAGAAAUGUUUUCUUCAAGAAUGUUUGGAAUUGCUUAUCCUCAUCCUAGAUCUUAUCUCAUCCGAGGACGUAGUGGUCUUAGAAUGAGAAGGGAAGAAAUGCAGGCGGACAAAUCUCUCAACAGAUUGUCCAUCUUUCUUUUCUGCUGCUUUAUCUUGUGUCUACUCCUGUUUUGAGGUUCAUAUAAUGUUUAUCUUCAUCAUAUAUUUGUAUGAAUAUGUGGCUGUGCUUACAAGAGUCAGGUAAUAGUUCAUAGUAGAAAAAUAUAGACUAGUAAGAGAUUUAGUAGAAAUAGCUUUAUACACCAUGCAAAGGUUGCUUCAUUUCCUUAUCUUUAUGCCUCUUUUGGCAAAACAAUACUGUUUCUUCAGAAAGUGGCAACACAAAUGAUACAUGUUAGUUUAUAUUGUUGAUACUUUGA